UCUACGUCACGACGCCAAACCAGUGGCAGAAUCCAACAUGGACGACAUCAUGGCUGUUGAAAAGAGCCCGGAGGAAAUGCCGGCAAUCUUGAACUCCCGACCACAGACUGGUCUGUCAUUCCUGGCACCAGAACCCGAGGACCUGGAGGACCUUUACAGCAGAUACAAAAAGCUGCAGCAGGAGCUGGAGUUCCUGGAGGUGCAGGAGGAGUACAUCAAAGAUGAGCAGAAGAACCUGAAGAAGGAGUUCCUUCAUGCGCAGGAGGAGGUGAAAAGGAUACAGAGCAUCCCGCUUGUUAUCGGACAGUUCCUGGAGGCUGUCGACCAGAACACGGCUAUCGUUGGCUCCACUACUGGGUCCAACUACUAUGUGCGCAUCCUGAGCACCAUCGACCGGGAGCUACUAAAACCCAAUGCCUCUGUGGCGCUGCACAAGCACAGCAAUGCCCUCGUCGACGUGCUACCCCCCGAAGCUGACAGCAGCAUCAUGAUGCUCACCUCAGACCAGAAACCUGACGUGAUGUACGCUGACAUUGGAGGCAUGGACAUCCAGAAACAGGAAGUCAGAGAGGCUGUAGAGCUUCCACUCACGCACUUUGAGCUCUAUAAGCAGAUUGGCAUUGACCCACCCAGGGGAGUCCUCAUGUACGGACCUCCAGGAUGCGGCAAGACCAUGUUGGCCAAGGCUGUGGCGCACCAUACCACAGCGGCGUUCAUCCGCGUGGUGGGUUCGGAGUUUGUGCAGAAAUACUUGGGUGAGGGCCCCCGCAUGGUGCGUGACGUCUUCCGCCUAGCCAAGGAGAAUGCACCCGCCAUCAUCUUCAUUGAUGAGAUCGACGCCAUCGCAACCAAGCGAUUUGAUGCGCAGACCGGAGCUGACCGAGAAGUGCAGAGAAUAUUACUUGAACUGCUUAAUCAAAUGGACGGUUUCGACCAAAACGUCAAUGUCAAGGUGAUCAUGGCCACCAACAGAGCGGACACGCUGGAUCCGGCCCUGCUCCGUCCCGGCCGUUUGGACCGAAAGAUCGAGUUCCCACUGCCUGACCGCCGGCAGAAGCGUCUCAUCUUCUCCACCAUCACCAGCAAAAUGAACCUAUCUGAGGAGGUGGAUCUGGAGGACUAUGUGGCCCGACCAGACAAGAUCUCAGGAGCUGACAUCAACUCCAUUUGCCAAGAAGCGGGCAUGCUGGCCGUCCGCGAGAACCGCUACAUCGUCCUGGCCAAAGACUUUGAGAAAGCCUACAAGACGGUGAUCAAAAAGGACGAGCAGGAGCACGAAUUCUACAAGUAGAGAGGGGUCGUUGGGCAUGCUGGCGCCUAUCUCAGCUGAUUCUGGGCGAGAAGCGGGAUACACCCUGAACUGCUCGAUUGACAAACAAUCAUUCACACACACAUGCAGACCUAUGGGCAAUUUAGGAAGGAAACCGGAGUACCUGGGAGAAAACCGGAGUACCUGGAGAAAACCCACGCAAGCACGGGGAGAACAUGCAAACUCCACAAAGGCGAGGCCGGAUUUGAAUCUGAAUCCUCAAAACUGUGCAGUGGACGUGCAGCCUUAAACAGUAAUUUAAACAACUUGUUAGUUGUAAUCAAAAAUCCUGCCCAAAUGUUGACACAUGGUGAUAGGACAAUCAUCAAUAAUGAGUGGAAUCAAAGUGUCAGGAACUGUGGUAUUUGUAUAUGUCCAGCAAGUAAAUGACGCAUCGAUUUGUACAAAGAAAAAUAUACUAAUUUAACCUUGUCAGUGGUAAGAAAUCCUCUCCAAAUGUUGACACAUUGUGACAGGGCAUUUAUCAAUAAAUGUGAUUAAAGUUACAUGUCAAAGGAACUAGUGUGUUUGUAAAUUAAUAAAUAACUGACACUUGAAAGAAAGUAAUGAACUAAUCUAGGCUUGUCAUAAGAAAGAAACCAAAUGUUGACACAUGCUGACAGGACCUGGUAUUAAAGUGGUAUGCUGAAGGAA